GGAUUGUCCUGACCCCGUCGUGAAGCAAUCAGUGCUUCGAGCGAUGCGCCCUCGCUUCGGUGCGCCGUGUGUGCUCUCUGUGUUAGUGGUCGCCCCACUCUACUUCUUAUGUUUUUUCCUGAUCAAGCGACAGUGCGGUCCGCUACCCCUGAUGCUGACGCGGCUAUGCUCUGUGGGCGUGAUGCUGGAUGGCGACAAGCGCGGCAACUCGAGAAUGGCGCAUCUUGAGGUGUUCAGCAGCUCGGCUGACUCGUCGCCACUUCAUGACACGAAGAGAAGAAGGAAGGUCCUGGAGCGGCCCUUUGCCCACAUUGUCCGACAUGCCUCUGUGAUCCGUGAGUCUGAUUCGCCAUCCCUCUUUCCCUCCCAUCACUGGGUGCCCGGCCUGCGGUUUGUGUUCGUCAUCACUCCGACGUACAGGCGAAUCACGCAGCGGCUGGACCUGACGCGGCUCUUCAACACAUUCGCUCUCGCAGCCAGUAACGUGCACAUGAUUGUUGUGGAGGACAGCGUCAACAGGACAGCCAAAGUCGAGAGAUGGCUGAAUGACAGCCUCCUAUUGCAUUGGUCUCACCUGAACGUCAGCAGCUCAUCUGGAUUGAGGACCAGGGGGGCAGAGCAGAGGAACGAGGCCAUUCGGCUGAUACGGGAGAUUGUGCUAAAUGAGGCCGAUGCGGAGCUGAAGAGAGCAUAUGAGGUGCACAAACACCAAUGCACACAGCAGACAAUCGGGGGAUUGUCUCCUUUCUGUUGCAGGAUUCCGUUGUGUAUUUUGCUGAUGACGACAAUGCAUAUGAUAUUCGCAUUCUCGAUGAGCUGCGAAAGGUCCGCAACGUCGGCACUUGGCCUGUGGGUCUGACGGCAGGACCCAGAGUAGCUCAGUACUGUGACGUCAACUCGACCACCGGCAAAAUCAAGAAGUACAACGCAUGGGGGGUGAGCGAACGAGCAACAUGCGAACACGAACGGCGGGUAGAUCCGACCAAUGCUCAUGUCGUUUCCUUUCUGUGUGGAUCUGUGUGUAUCUGCAUAGGGGCAUCGUCCGUACACGAUUGACACGGCAGGCUUUGGCGUGCACGUGAGGCACUUUCUGCGGGACCCCCCAGUGCUGUGGAAUCCCAAAAGUAGGAAGGCCUAUUCGGAGAGCGAUUUCCUCGGACAGACGAAUGUCAGCAAGUGGGACAUCGAACCACUCGCAGACAACUGCACAAAGGUGUGUGCGCGAUGAGCAAGCCAAAUUGUGCUGUGCGCAGAUGGUUCCUGUUUGUCGUUCAGGUGUAUACAUGGCACGUGAAGACCCAUAUUGGGGACAAGAAGCGGCCAGCUGACUUCGAUAAGAAAUUCGACGUCUAGAAGCGACACGAGCAUUUGUGUCAUGGUGCAUUCAUUCCUGAUGCACUGACAUUCGUACGUGUCUGUCUGCGUGCUUUUCAUGUCUAUCAGAUGUAAUUAGCAGGAUCUGACUGCCUCCAGUGGCCUAGAGAGGCGGAGGCAAGCAGUGUGUUGAUGUGAGUGAUGGUAUUUGUAGGCGUGCCCGUCCGUAGAGCGAUGCUUGGGUCCUCUUGUCAGCUGGCCCUUGUGACUGAUCGCAAUGCAUGCGAAGUGUGCAUGUGUAGACUUACGAGUGUGCAUGUGUGGUUAGUCAGCCGGGCGCUCGAUCAGGUCUCUUUUUCGUCGCAUCGAUCUCGUGACAUACACACGUGGUGUUUACUCCCAGGCAGGCAGGUGUUUUUGAAUCAGUUUCUCUUUCCUCUUGGUGUCACACGCGCUCUCAUGGUGGGCUGCUCAGCUAUCGGGCGACUGGUUUGGGAAUCCAGUGCGUGUUUUUGCUUUCAUGUCUCUCUCUCGGUUUCUUCUUUCAUGUCUCUCCCCACAUCCAUACACUGGAACGGAUCUGAAUCUGUCGGUUGUGUCAUUUGUCGGAUGUCUAUCGGCGGACUGGUUCGUGCUUUUGCAUUCUUGUCUCUCUCGUGCAUGUCGACAUGUGCAGCUGCGUUGUACUGUGUUUUGGUUCUCGCGUCGUGCGUGCCAUGCAGUGUCGAAAUGUGCCGUCUUGUCGAUAUGGAUGCUGACUGAUAUAUCGAGCGCUGCAUUCCUAUCGUACGACUUUUUCCGCACGAGUCGUGAUUGCUCUAUGGAAGACGCUCGUGUUGAAGUAGGUGUUGGGCCUCAGCUGACUGACUGAUAUGGGCGAACAGUCAAUCAAUGCACAGACGAAGGCGUAUUCGUUUUGCGUGAAUUAUGCAGAUACAUGCCGAGAGGAAGUAACUCACAGGGAAUCAAUCCAGUGCGACUCACUCACAUGUCUCCUCCGUUUUUUGGCAUCCGAAAGAACGAAAGGCAGCCAGACAAAGCAGCAGCGCCAACACUAUCUACCGCUUGCUUACCGCGCCUUCCCCUGUGAUUUGUCAUGCCGAUUUCUUGAUUGAGCUGGCAUCAUUACGUGGAUACGGUCAAACAGAUUCUCACACACACAGAAUGACGUCAGACACGCAUCUGUGCAGUGGGCAGCCAAUCGAUCGGCCUGUCCAUCCCUUUUCGACGAACCGAGAGACAGACAGACAGACAGACAGCGACCCACACAACACAGCACGUGACCUCACG